AUGGUCAUGCCUGAUGAGAAGAAUGCCGAUAUUUCAGAAUUUGAAUCAAAAUUCUGUAAUGCUCCAGUAAAUGUUGGGCAAUCGGGACAAGCUCGCGGUUAUUCUUCGGUAUCCAGAGAAAAAUUAACUAUUGUUACAUCAAUGACUGAUGAUCCUUCCGAAAUGAUUUUUGUUUUCUUCCCUCCAGAAAAAGCGAUAGAAAACGAACUUUUGGUAAAUAUUACGGAACAUGUGCUCGUUCCAAAGCACGUUCCACUCAACAGCUCUCAAAAAGAUGACUUGCUGGCAAGAUACAAACUGAAAGAGACUCAAUUACCUAGAAUUAAGAUUACAGAUCCAAUUGCCAGGUACUAUGGUCUUCAAAGAGGACAAAUUGUGAAGAUUAUUCGUGCCUCAGAAACUGCAGGAAGAUAUGUUACCUAUCGUUAUGUUGUUUAA